GAAAGACAACCAUCAGUUCUAUUAAAAUCAGCCUGCAGAACAGAGUUUAUGGCAGCUCUGAAAAUGGAAGACAAAUCAUGGGUGAUAAAAGUGAAUGAAGACGUAAGCAAACUUUCAGAAAUCACAGGAGCUGAGAAAAGGAAUUGGGAGCUGCACUCAAUCUACAAGCUUCCUGCCUGUGUAACUGAUCUGAACAAGAAUGCCUACAAGCCUCGGGCGAUUUCAUUCGGUCCGUAUCACUAUGGUGAUCCGAAACUAUAUCCCAUGGAGGCACACAAGCACAGAGCCCUGCUUCAUUUCCUCAAGAAAUCAAGAAAACCUCUGGAUUUCUACGUCUGCGAGUUGAAUUCUGUGGUCAGGUAUUUGAAGGAUGCGUACGACUCGCUGGAUGAUAAAUGGGAACAUGACUCGGAAGCAUUCGUGCAGCUUAUGAUAAGGGAUGGUUGUUUUAUGCUUGAAGUUUUGCGGGCGUGUUCGCCAAACGAUUCUGAUGGUCAAGCAACAAGAGCAGAGGAUGAAGGUUAUGCCGAAAAUGAUCCCAUUUUUAGCAAUCAUGGGAAGCUGUAUAUGAUGCCUUACAUCAAGCGUGAUAUGCUAAUGCUUGAAAAUCAGUUGCCAAUGCUGCUUCUCAACAAGUUGCUAUCUCCUGAUGAACAAGCUAUGAAUGAUGAAGAUGAAUACAUAAACAGACUCAUACUCCAGUUCAGCUUUCCAAGCACCCCUCACAAAAGGUUGGGAAGAUGCAAGCAUGUAUUAGAUGCGUAUCGAAAAAGCUUGCUAUGGGAGGACCCUGACAUCCCGAAAUUCGAAACAAGACCUUACAUAGGAUUCUCCGUAGGAGGUGAUGACAUAGUUCCAUCAGCAGCACAGCUUCAUGAAGCCGGAAUCGUUAUCCAGAGGAACACAACCGGAAGCCUAACUGACAUCUCAUUCAGUCAUGGCAUCCUCAGGCUGCCACAAAUUGUAGUCGACGACACCUCUGAACCCGUCUUCCUAAACCUAAUCGCCUUCGAGAGGUUUCACGUGGACGCAGGGAACGAGGUGACGUCCUACAUCUCGUUCAUGGACGACAUCAUUGACAAUGCAAAGGAUGUGAGCCUCUUGCAUUCUCGAGAAAUCAUUCACAAUGCAAUUGGGAGUGAUAAAGCUGUGGCUCAGUUGUUCAACUCACUGUCCAAGGAUAUAACGCUGGAUCCCGAGAGUCACCUCAUUGUUGUCAGAAAGAGGGCUAAUCAGUACAGCAAGAGGCACUGGAAUCAAUGGCGAGCCAAUCUUAUUCAUAACUAUUUCACCAGUCCAUGGGCUAUUUUAUCUGUUAUUGCAGCUAUUUUCCUCUUUGGCCUCACCAUCGUACAAACUGUUUACACCAUUGGCCAAUACUAUCAAAGUUGAUUGAUUGAGCUGUUAUUUUAUAGAGUGGUAGUGGUAUUGUGUUUUGUUUGCAGCUUUCCAUACAUUUUUCUUAUUUUCUUAUUUUUUAUCAUUAUUUUCUAUAUAUUUUUUUUUAUGAAGGUUGAUAUUUUUAUGAUGGAUGAUUUGUUCUUACUGAAGAAAUCAAUGUAAAGGAGGUUUGGUUGUAAAUGGAUG